GAACCCGCGCCGUGAAUCUCACGGCGCCCGCAAUGACGCAAUCCCGCACCAGGCCGGGUCUGGUCAGUGGCGGGGCUUCGUUCGGCUCCACACUGCGCAGCCGCAGCCGCAGCCGCGGCAGCCACGGCAGCCGCGGCAGCAGCAGCCUCCGCCGCUGCAACGGCCGCAGCAGCGGCGGCCCGCAGGAUCCCGCACUACUGCAGGCGGUGGAGAAGCUGACUCAGGAGGUGGGCGGUGUGAAGGAUCAGCUGGCGGCGCUGUCGAAGGUUGCGCGGGAGGAGGUGCGGUGGGGCCGGGUGCGGUCAGCGCUGCAGGAGCUGCGGGCUGCCGAAUGCCCCUACGGCCGCGGCGGCGACUGCUACCUGGGCACCACGCGGGAAAUGCUGGAGUGGGCCCUGCGCCACAUGCUGCGCCCCGGCAGGUUCCACAUUGAUCUCCACGACUUCUAUUGCGAGCUGUGGGCAAAAGAGAGUGGCGAAAAGCCCCACCAUUUCUACGGCAGGCGCAAGCUCGGCCCUGCAGACAAGGUGAUGCGGGAGCAGCUGCUCGCCGAGCUGGUGGCGCUGACGGGGCUGCACCUGAUGGUGGUCAGCUACGAUCAGCAGAGCAGCUACAUUGAAGAGAGCACGUAAGGCGUGGGCGUGGGCUCCGGGCCUGGGCCCAACGGCACCAUACGUUGUCCAAGCAACAUGCGUGGGUGUGAAGCUGGUUUGUGGCGGAAAGCGGCGAGUGGGGCGGGUACCGCAGUUGGGUUGGGUGUGCCGUCCGAUGCUGCAAUGCAAAAUAUGUAGCGUGUUGAAGGGCAAGUAAUGCUUCUGAGCAGGGAAGGCAUGCAGGGAUCGAAGGAGGGGGUGCUAAAAGCGAGGACACACAGCUAUCACAUGGGUGACCUGUAUGUCCUGACCCUGUACUGAGUUGGUCAGUUAUGACGAGUUGUGACGUGAGAGUCGUGAUUGUGCCCAUUCCACCCACGCACGUUUCCUGUAACCUACAGUACUU